UUAUAAUAUAUUCUUUCUCAUUACAGAUAUGGCAUUUCAGAAAGUAUUUUUUUUUAUGCAUUUAUGAUGCAUUUAUGAGUUAGAUAGCUUCUUGUGUAUAGAAUAUAGGCACACUUGCCGAUUGAUUACGUCACUUCCAGGCGUGGUACGGUACAAUGUGUGAUAUACGUGUGUUACUGAAAAUGGCCGUAUACGUAGGAGUCCGUCUAGUUUACUAAUUUCACAAAACUUUCUAUGUUUCUUCUAAUACUCCAGAGUGAUUGUUAAAUUUUUGAAAAAUACAUACAGCUUGUGAAAUUGUGUCAAAGAAACAGUUUAAUGGAUUGUCGGUGGUUAUAAACCGAGACGAAGUGUGCCCAUUUCGUUAACGGUGGAUCAUUAAAAGAGAAGCUUUGUUACAAUAAGUGAAAAUAGAAGACUAUUAAUAAUGGGCUUUCUUAUUUAUGUGUACAGUACUAUUUAUUUAAACAAUGUACCUAUCAAUUAGUGAGUAUCAAUUAUAAAUUAUCAAGAUGCGGGAGAGAUUUGGUAUAAUCCCCUGGUGUCAAACGGGGAUUUAAAGAAAAUAUUUUACUUGGAAUAUUUUCUAUUGUAUUAAAAAAUACAUUGAAAUAAUGGAAAAUAUACAAGAUCAUAGUUAAGAGAAAAGAUGAAUUUAUGCAUCUUAUGAUUGUUUUAUAUAACAAUGAAUUAUUUGAUUACUGCAUGAGAUUUAUGUUUAAGUGCAGUAUUAAAAUAGAUUUUUGUAGUUAAUAAUAAGUACCAUAGAGUCUUAUAACAUAAUGUAAUAAAAGCAUAGCUUUUAUACACGCGAACGUAUAUCAAAUAAGUAUUACAAAAAUGUCAUUCUUAUCAAAUCUGAAGAAAGCGUUCCACUUUGGUGGUAACGAUGCAAAGAAAAAGAAGUUGUAUAACAAUAUUAAAAUGGAUUGUGACCCAGAGGAAUUCUGGGAAAUGAUCGGUGAAUUAGGAGAUGGUGCAUUUGGCAAAGUUUACAAGGCACAGCAUAGGCAAACUCAUCAACUUGCUGCUGCAAAAAUGUGUGCAUUAGAGGGAGAAGAUGAUCUUAGCGAUUUUAUGAUUGAAAUAGAUAUUUUAUCAGAAUGUAAACAUCCAAAUGUUGUUGAAUUACAUGAAGCAUAUUUUAUUGAGGGCAAACUAUGGAUGUUAAUAGAAUAUUGUGACGGCGGUGCUGUUGAUUCCAUAAUGGUUGAAUUACAAAAAGCUUUAACUGAACCACAAAUAGCCUAUAUAUGUCAUCACAUGACCAAAGGUCUUGCAUUUUUACAUAAAUCUAAAGUUAUUCACAGGGAUUUAAAGGCAGGAAAUGUUUUAUUAACAAUGGCUGGAGGAGUAAAAUUAGCUGAUUUUGGAGUGUCGGCAAAAAAUAAACAUACCUUACAAAAACAUGAUACAUUUAUUGGUACACCAUAUUGGAUGGCCCCGGAAGUGGUAUUGUGUGAAACAUUUAGAGAUAAUCCAUAUGAUUUUAAAGUAGACAUUUGGUCACUUGGUAUAACCUUAAUAGAAUUUGCACAAAUGGAACCACCAAAUCAUGAAAUGUCACCGAUGCGUGUACUCCUUAAAAUACAGAAAAGUGAUCCACCGAAACUUGAUCAACCUGGUAGAUGGAGCAAAGAUUUUAAUGACUUUAUUGCCAAGGCUCUUAUAAAGGACCCAACAUCGCGACCUACGGCUGAUGAAUUGUUAAAACAUCCAUUCAUAAAUCGGAAUUUGGAUUCAAAACCGAUUAGGGAUUUGCUACUAGAGUACAAAGCCGAUGUUGUCGAAGAGGAAUUGGUUGAUGAAGAAGCAGAGGAGCAACGCACGUCUCAGCUUCCACUGGAGCUAGAUCAACUCGGAGAUGACUCUGCGUCUAUGCGCAGUGACGCUGAUGUUAAGAUUUCUGAAAAAGAAAAUCUUGUUGCAUCAUCUGUAUCUGGCAAAAAAGAAGAAAGCCAUAAACGAGAAAUUAAUAGAGAUGGUGAAAAAGAUGACAGGAACAAGAAAUUACGUAAAGCAGAAUCUAAAGACAACAUCCCUAUUUCUGUUGAAAAGAAACAAGCACCGAAACCACCUAGUACAAAUGAAACGAAUGAACGUAGGGUAUCUCGAGAGAAAGGUCCUGCGCCUCCUCCCCCGCUUCUGCGUCAGAACAGCAAAAGCGAAGACAAGGAAAAUCAUUUGAAAAUUGUCGAUAAGCAAAGCGAUACGGAUGCGUUGGAAGAGUGCAAAAUUAUUGAUAAACAGCGAGACAAAAUUGAAUUGUCGCCGAGCGACGAAACGAUAGACAGGAGGGAAGAAACAAACGUAGAAAUGUCUUCCGAAAAGCCAAACGUAUUGGGUAGUUUAGAAAAGAUAGCAACGGAGAAUAAUCAACGAGAAAAGAAUAAUUUAGAUAACGCGAAGAAGAUCGAUGUUAGACAAAAGUCGGUCGAUGACAAAGUAAAUUCAUCUUUGAAACCACAUUUAAUGAUAGAAGAGAAGAGGAAAUCCGCGCCAGUUAAAUCGGAAGGGUCAGAAGAUUGGAUGAAACCGGUAUUCAACAAACAAUCCUCUUUAGAAGAGAACAACAGAGCUGACAAGAAAACAGGAAUCGACGAACGAGUCGAUAAACAGGGUUCACCGGAAGAGAAUUACAAGAGCUUACAAGAGAAACGAAAAUCCGUCGAGGAUAAGUUGAAUGCUGUUUUAGAGAAGCGAUUUUCUAUGGAUGCUGAAAUGCGGUUGGGUGUAUCAUCCAUGGAAAUGUUACCACAUCGAGAAAUUCCAAAGGCGACCUCCUCUGAGAAGAAUAUUAUUAAGGCUUGUUCCACGGAGAACGUUAAAACCGAUUAUGGAACGAGUAAAACGGAAUCAGUCGUUAAAAGUCAUAGCGAAGGGUCUUCUAGGUACGACUCGUUGGAAAAUUUCUCGGAUGAAUCCGAGGGAAAACAAGAGAAGAAGAAAUGGUUGAACAAAGAGCGCAAUUACGAGAAUACCUCGAACAACGAGAGUCCGAACAGCGAGAAGAAAGGUUCGUCGGUGAAUGUAUCGGUAAUUACAUCGACACCCAUCAGAAGUAGAAGUACUUCGAGAAGAGGAAGCGGUGAUAACGUAGUUGUCAUAACCGGUAAAUCCGACCAGGAGAUACGUCCAAACACGUCAACCGUUCGGAUCACAGCGGACAGUCCAGAUUUAUCAAACAGUUUGGCAAGUAACAUAAGUCAAGUGACGGUGGUAACGACCCAUCCUCCGGUAAUCGUCGACGCUGUAUCCUCGGUGCCCCUUUCGUGCCGUCCAUCUCCAACGUCGGAGGUGGUGAUCGUUGCGAACGAAUUAAACAAGACGCAGGUGAACGAGAGCUCGACCGACGACGACGGGUUUCCUAGUCUGGAUAGUUUAGAGUACACGCCUCAAGAGCAGCCAAUAAUUCUAACCGACGUUUCUAAAAGAGUCGGCAAGAAAUUGGACGAGUCCGAGGUUCUGAUUGUGAGUCCGAUCGUAGACGAAUUACAGGAUACUAGUCAUGUUUCAGUCGUAACCGUUGGCGACGACAAGGAACAAGUGAAAGAUUCGUCGGUACUUAAUCCUGAUCCUUUGCGAACGUCUUCCAGCCAGGUCGACGCGAACUCGGUCGAAAGGACGAGCACGAAGAGCGACAGCGGUGAUGAAAUAACUAAAAUGAUAGUCGCUGGAACGACUGUCGAAUCGGCGGACGGCGAGGAACCGGAGAGAAGUUCGAAGAAGAUGAACGGUAUGAUAAAGAACGACAAGUCCUCUGUUGGUCGCGUCGACGAGAAGGGAGUUAAAACUACGAAGCAGCAGAAACAGGAGAUCGGUAAAGGAUACAAGGAGAAGCGAGUAUCCCCGGAUAGUUUCGAGGGAUCCAGAUCUCAAAGCGAGUCUGGUUCGACGAGGUCGCACACGCCGAGCAAAAGUAUAGAUCGUUCGGACGCGGAGUCGAUUUCCACGACGAUCAGCCAGGACAGCAGAGAAUCGAGCAAGGAAAAUCACUUGAGUCAGAGUCAGUCGACGGAAGUGGAAGAGGAAGUGGUAUUGCGACGAAAACCGGACUAUAAUCGAGACAUGCCGCGACAGACGAGAACGAGAGAGGAAACGGCUAUGAUGAAUCUGAAGAAAAAGACAAGGAAACGAACGAGGAAGUUCGAGAUCGACGGUGUGGUAGUUACAACGACCACGUCGAAGGUAAUUUAUGGCGACGACGAGAACGGCAAGGUGUACGACGAUCAAAUCUUCAGGAAGCAAGAGCUGAGAGAAUUAAAGAUGUUACAAAAGAUGGAACAGAAACAAUUCCAGGACCUGUCGCAGAAGGCGCAGUUUAACAAGGAUCAACAGGAGAAACGUUUCGAGCAAGAAAGGCAGCUUCUCGAACGAAACGCCGAAACGGACUUGGAAAGUCUUGCUCGGCAACAGAGGCAGCAAAUCGAACGAGCCGAGGCGCAACAAGAAGCUGACCUGAGGCUGGCCUCGAAAAAGAUUCGUAGCGAGCAAGAGAGAGAACUGAAACAGUUUCGGGAAGGUUUGAAGCAGGAGUUGAGAUUGCUGAAGCAAGAGGUGGAUUUGAUGCCAAAAGACAAGAGGAAAAGCGCGUUUAAGAUACGUAAAGAGAAACUCGAGGCGGAGCACGAGGAAAGGGAGAAGCACUUUUUGGAUAAGCUGAACGAGAGUCACGAAUUAUCGUUGCGAAGGCUGUCCGACAGUCAUCGCGAAAAGAUAGCUCUGAUGGAAAGGCAAUUCUUGCAGCAAAAGCAACAGUUGAUGAGAGCCCGAGAGGCGGCCAUUUGGGAGCAAGAGGAGCGACAUAUCCACGAGAAGCAGCAACUGUUGAAGAAGCAGCUGAAGGAUAUUUUCUUCUUGCAAAGACACCAAAUGUUGAUCCGUCACGAGAAGGAGCUAGAACAGAUGAAGAGGAUGAAUCAACGAAAAGAGGAGGAGCUGAUAAAACGACAGACGGUGGAGCGUAGAAAUCUACCGAAAAGGAUUCGUAACGAGAUGAAGGCUCGCGAGAUGAUGUUCCGCGAGUCGAUGAGGAUCUCGAUGUCGUCGGUGAUUGCCCCGGAUCCGGAUGCCGAGAGAGAGAAAUUGAAAAAAUUCCAAGAGAACGAGAAAAAGCGAUACAGGGCUGAGCAACAGAGAUUCGAAUUGAAGCAUUCGCGACAACUGGAGGAGGUAAGGGCUCAAAGCGAUGCCACUAUUAAAGAAUUGGAACAAUUGCAGAACGAGAAGCGAAAGAUGCUGAUGGAGCAUGAAACGUCGAAGCUGAAGGAACUGGAAGAGGCGUACGGCAAAGAGCUUCGCGAAUGGAAAGCACAACUGAAGCCCAGAAAGCAGAAGCUGGAAGAGCAGUUCGCUUUGCAAUUAGAGGAACAAGAGGCGAUAUACGGGCCAAGCGCGAUACCGUUGUGCUUGCCCGCAGAUCUUCCUGAUUUGACACACCACACGGCUGGUUCGACUCGCAGUUCACUUUCUUCAGUGAGCGAAGGAUAAUUUCUCUGUUGUUUCGAUUCGAAACGACAGACGUGUCGAGAGAUGUCGAGGUAACUGAAAAACCGAGCUUCCAAGGAUGCGUACUACGAGUGUCGGAAAAUAUUAAACUAGCAAAUGGGACGUAAUUGCUCGAAGAUCGAUAGAGCGUGUUUUCUUUAAAAGAGAUUACAAUGGAACGAUCAUCGAAUAGAAUUUCCGUCUACGAUACAGUAUAGUGUACACUGUAGAAUAGUAUAGAUUGGAAAGUUAGAAAGUUGGUCACGUUCAUCUCGAUGUACGGUAUAAAUAAUACCGAUAGCUGAUUGUUCGAGCCGCUUUCUCAAGAGAUACAUGUUUCGUACGAUAAGUACGAAUCUUUAUAUACAAAUGUAAUUAAUUUCUGACGAUCUUUGUCGAAAAUAUACCUGGUACAAUCUAUAGAAUCCGCCCGAUGAUCAGAAUUCGAAAAGAUAAGUAUCAAACUAGGAAUCGAAUCAUCGUUAAUUCGAGGAUAAUUCAUCGUUCUAUCGAGGAUGAUAUGCACGCGGUGGUUUUAUUUAGCAUGUUCGUAGACAAAAUCAGGAGUUUAGAACUUACAAGUUAGGUAUUAUUUGCUAGACCGAGCAAAAAAUGUAACGAACGUGUGAUGGACCACCGAUCCGUUCGUAGUCGUAGUUUGGUUCUGCUAAUUAAUGACUUGGUUGCUUUCAUGCGACAUGAAAACGAAUAAUUAUUUUAUCGUAUUGCUAAUUUUAUAUAUACAAAGGCUAUUUUACAAUAGCAUUUUAUAACUCUUAUUUUGCGACACACGUUCACUAAACACUUUUUCUCGGUAAUCGCGAAUAAUACGUGUCUUGUAAGUCUUGUAAUUAGGCUGUUCAACGAGUCAUGCUAAAUUUUCACCGAUAGAUUGUUUUCUUUAUCGAGAUACGAAUAUAUAUAUAUAUAUAUUUUAGUAAAUAAAUGUUCAAUACUAUGAAUCAAAGGUUUACGCCAAAUAUACAUAUAUACAAUGUAUGGUUGUUUACCGCGUGUUCAGAUACAUGUAGAGAUCUACGGCAAUGUUAGGAACACGUGUGGCUAACGUGAGUUGUAGAUGUAAAGAACCAACCAUAUUUGUAUAAAAUUAUAAUCUUGUUUCUCUUUCAUUUUUUCUCACCGUUGUACAUUAAAACUUUUGUAUUCUUCUCUACUCUCGUCGAUUUAUCCGCCAGCGUGCUUAUACGAUACGAUACGAACGAGGAGUUUUGUACAUAGUACAGACAUAGAGGAAAUCAGAGCGAAGCGUUUCAUAUAUUUUGAAUAUUCUACUGAAUCGUACGAAAACAGAGCGUUAACCACGAGUCUUUGAAAGUAGCUUGUCCGGUUUCUUUUGAAACGAAGCUUCCUAACUCGAGGGAAAUUUGACGUACCUUUUUAUAUUCAAUUUUCGCUCGAGUUUUAUUUCUUGCGAUCGGGAUACGCUAGAGGAAUAUCGUAAAUUGUAUUCGAUGAGAGAGAAAAGUGGACGUUUGCCAAAGCGUAUGUAAAUACAUAUGUGUAUAUAUACAUACUUAUACAGGGUUUUUCAUAACAUGUCUUUUCUAAUCCAUGGUAUAUUAAUGCCUUAUCGAGGGGAUGAUUUGAACCGUUUCAUUUAUUAAAAUAAACCCGAGAGAUAGGGGUCUGUUAAAAUAUGUUCAACAUGUUAUGAAACAUCUCGUAUACACAUAUAUUCUUGAAACGUUAGGAUUUUGAGUAUACAUAUAAGAGAAACGUAGGAGGCACGAUGCAAUGAAGAGUCUUAAUACUGCCGUUUAAUCGAAUUCGCGUCAGAUGCAACAAUUGUUCAAAAGUAUUCGUCAAUUGUGCCCCCUUAGAUCUGUUAGUAAAACGACGAAGAGAAGUAUAGUUGACAGCCGAGUCGUGGGCGAUAGUAACGAAAAAAAGAAAAAAAAAAAAAAAAAAAUUCGAGCGUAUAAAUUUCGAUGGAAUUUUACAUAGAUUUAAUGAAUCGUAAAAUUUUAGUAUGCGCGAAAUGUCGCCGAAGACAAUUGUUCGCAAUAGCCUUACUACUACAGUUUUAGCAAGUUGAUCGCGUGCGUUACAUAUAUUCGAUCAAAGAUAUUUAUACUACGACGAAUAGAGCGUGAAGUGAUGUAAUAUAUAGUCGAAAGAAAGAUACUUGUCGACGAGUCGAAUCGAUCGUAUUACGAUUCGUUCGAGUAGUCAACGUGUUAGCAUUACGUAUUAUUUCUUUCUUUCUUUGUCUAUUGUUUUGCACUCGAGUAUACCCUCGAGCAUUCUUAAUCAUUGUUCGUACAGUAUUUAAACGCGAAACUGUUUCCCCUUUUCUUUUUUCUUUUUUUCUUUUUUUUUUUUUUUUGUUAUGAUAGUAUUCCAUUUGUAUCGAUUGCAAGAAUUUCGUUUUUCGUCUGUACGUUUAACACUGAAUCGUAUCUUGACGCGUAGGCGCAUACUUAUAUAUAUAUGUAUAUGAAAGAUCAAUAGACUGAGCGCGUAUAAAAGUGGAGAAUCGAGAAAUGAGAUUAUAUUGUUGAUCUAUUCGUUGGGAUGAAAUGUUUAAAGUUGAUGAUAUUUGUGUAAGAGGUUUUUUAUGAUUUUGCUAAACUGGCAUUCGUCAAAUGAAAUCUCAUGAUUUAUCGAGAUAGUCCUUUCGUUCGCUGUCGUUAUCAGCAAUUGUAGAAAUACUUUGUCAGGUGUUUGUUAAUAUCUGUUUGAAUUUCUCUUGAUCAGAAACAAUUCUGUUCCUUAACGUUGGUCGCUAGAAAAGGAAAGAAACCAUAGAAUCGACGUGUAUCAUAAAGCUAUUUUUUUUCCUGUCGAAACAGGAAGCAAAGAAAUUCUCGUUUAUGAUUUGUAGAAAACGUUUUCCCCUUUUUCGUACCUUAAUAUGCGUGUCCGAUCGAUGUUGCGCGACAAUGUACUUGUUCGUCUUAGAUCGAUUUUAUUUUACAUAGGUAUAUUUAUAUUACGAGUUAAGCGUUAAGUUGUUUAUCGAUAAUCGCAUCCGUUAAUGAUCUUUAGAAAGAGAGAAGGACCGUUGUUUUUUACGAUUGAAAGGAAAACUUGUGAAAUCGAAUGGGUGGGAAACGCGCGGUUGCUCGAAGCGGAAUCCUGAUCGCUUCCAAUUUGUUAGGGAAACUGAAUUAGAAAAGUGAACGCAAAAAAAAAAUAAAUAAAUGAUAUAGUUGUUAAUGAUAAUCGAAGAUGUUAAGAUAAUCCACGCGUUUCCAGAGUCGAGGAUUCGAGCACAUUAAUUUUGUACAUAAUUCUGCGGACGUAGGUUCUGUAUUAUGAAUUCUACGUAUAUAUUGUUCUAUUUUUUUCGUCUUUUUAACGCUUCAAAAACGAUGACAGACGCGAAACGAGGAUACUCUUUGGAAGAAUGGUCGAUGAUUUGUAUUAUUUUUGUUUGUUUGGAGGAGAUACCGUUUUGUAAGAAAAGUGAAAUUGAUCGAUUUUAUAGAAUACAGUCUUCUAUCUAGAAUUAACAUACGUGGAAAUAGAUGAAACAUUAGCCGCAAGUAUCGAGUUGUUUGCAAUGAAUUCCGUGCAUUUUGUGUGGUGUGCAGUGCUCGCGGAUAGCAUUUACAUACACUGUAAUACCGAAUGUUAUCAAGAAAACAGAAGAGAGAUAAUUUUUUAUACCGUAACUCUCGCUUGGUUGGUACGAUGUCGACUGAGUAACUAUACAUAGAUAUAGAUACAUGCCGCUGUAACAUAGACUCUUUAUAAUUAAUUGCUCAGUACUAGCUAUAAAAUAAAUUCAAUACCAAUUUAUUAAUAUA